CAUUACCAAAGGGGAAGGUUAAUAAACACGACGAUCCACAUUGAUUUGUGGUCGGAAGAUUUUCUUAUUUCCUUGUGAAUCAUGAAAGUUUGACACAUGACUUUGGUUCUUUCAGCUUUUAUAGCAUACAAUUAGCUUAAUAUGACAGCUCCUCAAAAUUUAAUCGUUGAAGUUUUCUAUGGCGGUUCACACAAACAAUUGCUUGACAUUGUAAUAGGAGGUCUUGGUAUAUCAUCAAAAUGUCAUCUUGUCACUCUUCCAGACAAGAAAUGGCACUGGAAAGCAAGGACAGGUGCUCUCACUGUCUUAGAUAAAAUUCCUUUGGAACACAAUUUUAAAGUAAUCUUUGUGAGCAGCGUUUUGAACUUAGCUGAGUUGUUAGCCCUUCGACCAGACCUACAAAAUUUGAGAAAAAUAGUUUAUUUCCAUGAGAACCAACUUGUUUAUCCCGUCAAACAACAAAAAGAAAGAGACUUUCAGUAUGGUUAUAACCAAAUCUUAACUUGUUUGGUGGCUGAUGUCGUCUUAUUCAACUCGGAAUUUAAUAAAAAUUCAUUUCUAUCAAACAUUUCUAAAUUCAUGAAAAUCCAACCUGGCCCUGGUAGACCUAAAGGACUCAAAGAAAGGAUAGAACCGAAAUGCAGUGUGCUUUAUUUCCCCAUUCAUGUAGAUGCCUUGAGGUCAGCAACACUAAACGGAAAUAAAAAAGAUGGGCUUUUGCAUCUACUUUGGCCACACAGAUGGGAGCAUGACAAAGACCCAGAAAUGUUUGCCAGGGUAUUGCUGUCGCUGCAUAAAUCUGGGCUUGACUUUCGAGUAUCCAUGCUGGGAAAAGUUUGCUCUGAUUUCCCUGAAAGUCUCGUCUGCGCUAAAGACGAAUUGAAUGAAAAAGUUUUGCAUUGCGGAUUUGUUGAGUCGAAGGAUGAAUAUCUCUCCAUUUUGCAUGAAGCUGACAUCGUCAUCUCCACUGCAAAACAUGAGUUCUUUGGUGUUGCAAUGAUGGAAGCUGUUAUUAGUGGUUGUCACCCACUGUGUCCUAAUGCUAUUGUUUAUCCAGAAAUCUACCCUACAGAAUGCUUAUAUGAGAAUGAGGAAGAUUUGUUCAACAGGUUAGCAAAAUUUUGUUCAGAACCUAGAAGUGCUAGAAUCUCUUUUGGAGAGAUAAAAAUAGACGUUGAAAAGUUUAGUGAUAAAGUUUUGCUGCCAGAAUAUGCAAAACUUUUUAAUUUGUUUUGAUAUUGUAAAGAAUAAAACUAAUAUUGUUAAUAAAUAACAAAA